CUCAUUCAUUUACUCCUCGUGUCUCACGUCAUUUAUUUUUAAUUGACUCGCUCGGUAUAGUUGUAAUACGUAUAUAGUGCGCAGAACGUUCUGCGCAGCACAUAUGAUUCUUUGGUUGCGUAUGAAUCGCAUUCUCUUUCCCUUUCCUCUUCCUGACAUUACUGAUUAACACGUGCUCUCAACUCGUCUGACAAAACCUUUUCAAGUUGUUUCGCACCGAUUUUACAGUUAACAUCACAAAGGAAGUAUUAUCAUGGCAAAAUUAGAAUAUAAUGGCAUGUCAAGCGACAAUGACAGCGGAGAUGAUUGGGAGGAGAUUAAUGAGGAUCAUCAUGACAUUAUGUGUCUGUUUUGUAAAGAAACCAUUAGUGAAUUUUCCUCUGCAUUGGAUCACAUCGAGACUUUUCACAAGUUUAACUUCUAUGAUUUUAUAAGGAAACAUAUUCAUGAUACCUAUUCAUACAUCAAGUUAAUUAAUUUUAUUCGCAAUAAGGAAAUUUUACCUGAACAAUUGAGUAUUUUGGGUAUAGAAGCUUGGGACAAAGAUGAAAAUUUACGUCCAGUUCUGGAGGAUGAUCGAUGGUUAAUGUACGAUAUUGAAGAUCUCAUCAACAUUAAGGAUAUGAGUGAAGAAAAGAAAACAAAACAAAUACACCAAACUAAUGAUACUGUUACUUUAUCAGAAACACAAUAUGAGGAUAUGAAAAGAACUAUAAGAUCACUUCAAUCCCAGCUAAAGGACAGCGAAACAACAUGUUUCUUAGUCAAGCAGCAAAUGGAAGAAAUGAAAGAAAAAGCUCACAAAUUAAUACUAGGAGAUGAUUUGGAUGGAAAGGAAAAAAGUAUUCCAGUCAAUGCUAUCAAUCCCAAUAUUGAUAAAGGCUACUUCAAUACAUACAGUCACUUUGCUAUACAUCAUGAAAUGUUAACAGAUAAAGUACGAACAGAAAGUUAUCGAGAUGCACUACUAACAAAUUCUAAUAGAUUUCAAAAUUGUGUAAUGUUGGACGUUGGUUGCGGUACUGGUAUACUGUCAAUGUUUGCAGCCAAAUCUGGUUGUCGCAAAGUUAUUAGUGUCGAUCAGUCUGAUGUAAUAUAUCAUGCUAUGGAUAUAGUAAGGGAAAACAAUCUCAGUGACACAAUUACUUUACAGAAGGGUCGCCUAGAAGAUAUUAAUAUAGGAAUAGAUAAAGUGGAUGCAAUAAUAUCCGAAUGGAUGGGAUAUUUUCUCUUGUUUGAAGGAAUGCUUGACACUGUCAUUUAUGCAAGGGAACAUUAUCUAAAACCUGAUGGAGUAAUUCUUCCAAAUAGAUGCACAAUUAGCAUUAUGGGAAGCGGUGACACUAAGAGAUAUAUCGAUUUGGUUGAUUAUUGGUCAAAUGUGUACGGUUUUAAAAUGAGCUGCAUGAAGGCGGAGGUAGUACGUGAGCCGAGUAUAGAGAUCUGUAAUGUCGAUAACUUGAUAACGAGCACCGCUGAAAUCCAAAGCUUCGACUUGUACAAAGUCACUACGGACUGCGUCAAUUUCUCGUCUCCCUUCACGUUGAAUGUAAAAAAGACGGGAUCGUUAACUGCAAUAAUUGGUUAUUUUGAUAUUUUCUUCGAUCUCGAGAAUCCGAUACAUUUCAGCACAGGCCCUCAUUCUACUCCGACACAUUGGAAACAGACAGUAUUUUCCUUAAGCGAGCCUAUUAGCAUAACCGAAGGUGAAGUUUUAACUGGCACAUUAAUUUGCCGAAGACAUUGUAAAGACAUCCGAGGCUUAAUCGUUACUAUACGUAUAAAAAACUUCACUCAGGUAUAUUAUUUAGAUUAAACAUUGAAUAUUUGUUUACCCGAAAUAUACGCGUGAACAAAUAGCCUUAUGUGCCAAACUUGAGAAUAGGGGUCCAGCUAUCAAAUUCCACUAAAAAUUACGCAAAGAUGCGUAAUUAAGCUUUACAUCUCUUUCUAUACAAUUUGAAAUUUCUUAUCUAUAAUCUUUUAUCUAUACAUUCUAUCUAUAAUCUCUAUUUAGAUGCUCAAGCGGAAAAAAUAAUUUUCACAUUUACGCAUUUAAAAAUUUUGACUCUUAAUUUUUAUGCUAAAAGCAUAAAAAUAUAUAUUGCUGCAUAUAGGUGUGUGUGUGUGUGUGUGUGUGUAUACGUGUGCGUGUUUUGUGAGUGCGUGUGUCUUUCUUUCAUUGCAAAAUAUAGAAUGCGGCAGUUCUUUUUAAAUAAUUUGCGGGUGCGAAUUAAAAUAUAAUAAUUAUCUAAUAGCUAUUUACAUUUGUGCCUUUUUAAUAGUAGCGAUUCGUAUCUCUAUAAAUCAAUAUUAUACAUACAUUCUUAUAUAAACUCAAUUUUAAGAAUUUUUGCAUGAACGAUAGAGUUUCAAUCUUAUAGUUGAUCUUUCACUGUAUAAGCGCAUAAAACAAAAAAAAAGCCUAUAGAGCUUAGCAUACAGACAACGAUAUAUAGUGUUCUCGCUCAAGUUCAAUUUUUACUAAAUUAUUCUAAAUAUUUAUACUAUGAAUUUCUUCAAAGUUCUCUUGUUGCUGUUACUAAUUUUUCUUCGCAAUGAAGUUUCAUUAAUAUCUCUUUGACGGAACAUUAUCGGCAGAUAUACUUCAAUCAUCCGAUAUAUUAAUAUUAUGCAAACUCUCCUGCCACACGUUCUUCUUGCAUGUGAUACGUAUGUACAAGGACCGAAUUAUCGAGCGUACCGAAUUAUCGGAAUAUAGCUAUCGCUACCGAAUUAAAAUUGCAAUCAAAUGAUUAAUUAUACGAUUCUGUGAUAUGAAAAAAUUAGCUAUAGAAUGUUUAUCAAGAAUAACACCGACAUUUUUCGCAGUUAUUUAUAUACAAGGGAGACAGUAUGUGUAUGUAAUAAAUAAGGCCUACUUUGCCUCGUAUAUACGUAUACAUACAGUUAUUCUAUAAAUACAUAAUCUUGAAAUAGUGCAGAAUUUUAAUCCGCAUGCAAUUACCAUAUAAUUAUAUAACCGAUGCUCUUAUGAAAUGUACGCAAAUUGAAAUAAAAACUUUAGAAUC